GAAGUAUAAGAGGGAGGUUAAUGGACCACCACACCACCUGACCCGCGAUCAUCAUCAUCAUCAUCAUCAUUACCUCGGUCGACUCCAAGCCAACCCAAACAAGAACACCAACGACAGAAGCCACAGCAAUGCUCGCCAACAAACCCCUCACAACCAUUACCCUCACCCUUCUCGCCGCACCAAACACCCUCGCCGCUCCCGCCCCAGCCAUCCCGACAAUCGCAACCUCGGAUAUCGACCCAGUCCCCGACCUCCCGGCCCUCCCCCUCGACAAGAAACGCUCUACUCUCUCGUGCCAGGACGACGGCGCCGGUUACCGCCCCAUCAGCAAGCGCAGGCAUGCGUGAACUUUCUGCUAGCCAAGGGCGACGCCGCGUGUCGGGUUGCGAGUGCGAACUCGGUGUUUUGUCGCGAGGGGGAUACGGUUGUUAGUGGGAGUAAUGUUUUUGCGCAGGCUGGGGGUGUGAGUUCGAGUUGGUAUGUUCUUGCUUUAAAAGACGGGGAAAAAAAAAGAAAAAGAAAAGGAACUAUUAUACACCGUUACGCCGCCUGCUAACUUGCUUCUUUUGUAAUCGUAAUGUUUCACUCGGCGCGCAGCGGAUUAUUGAUAGUUGUACGACGCCUCAGGGGACUGUUACUGGUGAGUAACAUGGCAAUACCUCCCACCUAGAUACGAUGAUGCGGGUCCGUGUGGUGAGC